AUGGAGCCUCUCAAUGUUCUCAUGAUUGGUACUGGAGAGUACACCACCGGUUUCGUCGGUGGCGGUGCCUCUGGCUCAGACAAGAAGGUUGGCGUCGUUGGUCUCAGUCUCUUUGAUCUGCGCCGUCGCGAAAAGGUCAACAAGCUGGGAAUGGUUGGUGUCAAUGGCAAGAAGUUCCCUGCCAUUCGCGAACAUCUCAACAAGAACAUCCAACAAGUCUACAACAACCUCGACACCUCGUUCGACUCAUUCCCAGAAAACGACAAGGUCGACCCCGACGCCUACAAGACCGCCAUUGACGCUCUCAAGCCUGGCGAUGCCAUCACAAUCUUCACCCCCGACCCUACCCAUUUCCCCAUCGCAAAGUACGCCAUUGAGCGCGGCAUCCAUGUCAUGAUCACCAAGCCCGCUGUCAAGGUCCUCGAGGAGCACCAGGAGCUGGUUGAUCUCGCUCAGAAGAAGGGUGUCUACGUUUACGUUGAGCACCACAAGCGUUACGACCCUGCCUACGCUGAUGCUCGCGCAAAGGCUCAGAAGCUUGGCGACUUCAACUACUUCUACAGUUAUAUGUCUCAGCCCAAAUCACAGCUCGAGACUUUCAAGGCCUGGGCUGGAAAGGAGUCUGAUAUCUCCUACUACCUCAACAGUCACCACAUCGAUAUCUGCGACUCAAUGGUUCAGGAGCGCGGAUAUGUGCCUGUGAGCGUCAACGCCUCUUCUUCCAAGGGUGUUGCUGUUGAUCUGGGCUGCGACCCUAUCACCGAGGAUACCAUCUCGCUUCUCGUCACCUGGAACAAGAACGGCGAGCCCAGCAAGCGAGCCGUUGGUGUCUACACAGCCUCGUGGACCGCUCCUCAAAAGGCUGGUGUCCACUCGAACCAAUACUUCCACUACCUCGCUGCCAACGGUGAGAUCCGCAUCGACCAGGCCAAGCGUGGCUACGACGUUGCAGAUGACUCUAUCGGUCAAUUGAUGUGGUACAACCCAUUCUACAUGAAGUAUGCUCCUGAUGAGGAUGGCAACUUCGCUGGCCAGACUGGUUAUGGUUACAUCUCCAUUGAGAAGUUUGUCGAUGGUUGCAGAGCUGUCAACUCUGGAAAGCUCAAGCCUGAGGACCUUGACGCCAAGCCUCUCCCUACUCUCAAGAACACUAUCGCCACAACGGCUAUCCUUGAGGCUGGCCGAAGAAGUAUCGAUGAGAACCGAGAGGUCAAGAUUGUUGUCGAGAACGGCAAGUGGAGGCUGGAGUAA